AUGUCAGGCUCCAAUAGUGACUCUGCGAUCAGAACAGUCCCAGUGGUUGACGAAGCUGCAUUUAUUCUUCGGAAGCGGCGCUGCGCUAGAACUUUCGAAGAAAUGAUUGCUGCUCGAUUGAAGCCUGACUCAGAAUCUAGAGCUAAAAGUGCCACCGAUGGGGAUACGCACCCUUCAAGAAUCGACAGCGGUGUUUACAAAUUAUUGGAACAUGGUAUCAUUCAGUCCGUGCUGGCAUUGAGCGCAAGUUCUGACGCAGCUACGCAGGGACAUUGUUGCCGAGCGCUUUAUUAUUUGUCUCGGUUCCACGCUGCCCGGAAGCCCAUGAUCGCGCAGAACGUCGUUGCAAGUCUAAAGCAGCUCUCACGGACUCCACUGCCAUUUCCUCGACAAGAUAUCGCAGCCACUCUGUGUCAUCUGUCCGAAGAAGACAAUGUCGUCGAAGCUUUGUUUUUCGAAGGGAUCGAUCGCUCACUUUUACGUUUAAUCACGUCUCCUAGUUGGGAGACCAAGCGCAUUUGUGCGGCUACUGUGUUCAAUUUAUCGGCAGAUGCGCGGGAUAUCCGACAUUUCCGAGAGGUUUUCUCUCAGCUGUUAAUCGCCGUAACGAAAGCUAACGGUGGAAUCGGUGGCAGCAGCCUGCUGAACACAACAGAUAUGAAUUCUUCGUCUACCUUUUUGAUCAAGGCGAUCUACAAUGCGUCCCUGGUACCAAUAUUUCACUGUGCUCUAAUCGGAGACAAUAUCCCCCGGUUUCUGGCUACACACAUUCCGUUGGUACCUCCUAUUAUUCAAGGCUGGGCACUCCGCUCUUUUAUCUCACUGUGUGAAGUGCAAGCCAACCGGCAACUCCUGAUCUCAUCGCAAUUCUGUGAGCUCUUAGAGUCGAUGCUGCUUUCCACGAAUGAUGAAAUUCAAGAAAUCACACUCUUGAUAUUGUUGCAGCUGUCCGCCGACGAAGGAAGUCGUAUCAAGAUCUGCAACUGGCUGCCGAUCCAUCUGGUGUAUCUGCAUUCGUGUCUCCUUCGAAACUUGUGUGACAGCGUGUUGACACACCAUGAUCUAAUCCAAGAAGGUGCUGUCCCCGUGCUACUGGAAAUGAGUCGAAUGUCUCAACCGACGGUCAAAGUGAACGCGAUCUGCUCCCUUUGUUACCUCAUUUUAAGCUCUACAGACGAAGUGGCGAUCCACAUACCAGAGCUGAUCGAGUUACUACUGUCACUGACGCGGUCGUCGAACCCGCAAGACUGUGUUUUCGCCGUGGAGUCUCUCUACAAUAUUUCGUGCUGUGAUGACUGCAUUCCUCUCCUCUGUGAGUCGGAUUCAUUACUGGAUCGAUUGUUACAAAUUGCUACUGAUCCCGUUCAUAAGAAGAUUGCCGAGUUGAUAGCUGCCAUUGUGUACCGACUAGCAGGGCUGGUCAGCUGUGCUCCUCAAUUAUUACAAAGAGGAUUCCUCUCCCAACUGGUACAUCUCAUCCGUCAAUACCCAAUGUGUCGAGCUUACGCUCUGAACGCGCUUUUCUUGCUAGCUAGCAAUGGCGGAGAUGAUUUCCCUCACGGCGGUGACGAACUGACACAGCUUGUACUUGCGCUUUUGAGCAAUGGUAAAGAGCUCAAGAUGGCAGCAAAGAUGUGGAUGAAACCAGGGAUUCCUGCACGACUCGUGAAGCGCAAGACCAACCUCGAUAUUGCUCAGGGCGAUCCAGCGACAAUCGGAAGUGGUGUCACCUUAUUGGCACAUCUGGCGCACCACCCGAAGAAUCGAGCAGCUCUUGUUCGCAAUGGAGCAGUGUUUCGCUUCCUUAAAAAACUUAAUCGCUUAAGACCCAAGGGCGAUGACGACACCAUUCUGACCAACUGUGCAUUCGUGUAUUACUGUCUCACUUCUACUCAGGAAGGAUGUGAGUUUCUCGUGAAGGAGCGGGGGGUUGAAGACCUUAUUCAUCUUUCACGAAUUCGAACCACAAACACUGGGGUAAAGGCUGAGAUUGGUGAUGGCGAAGUAGCGUAUACGAUGAAAGAGUUGUGUACUCUUGCUUUAUGUCGUCUAUCCUCCUUCACCGGACUUGAAUCGCGACUGAUUGAGCAAGGGGCGAUUCAAACUGUGAUGGUGUUGGCACUCGUAGCGACCGACAGUAUCACGAUCAAGGCGCUGUGCAUUAUGACACUUGCCAAUUGCCUCGUGGACGUCACACCAAAUUGUUUGCAAUCACUCGUUGGCCACGGUAUUAUCUGGGCUCUCUCCUCAUUGUGUCACGUCGAGUACCCCGAAGUCAGCUACGUAUGUGCUGUGUCAUUGUGCAAUCUGUCAGCAUAUCCCAGUAAGAUCCCGAAGUUCCUGGAUGCUGGUGCACCGAAAGCUCUCGUCCACUUACUAUCUCAAAGCGGGGGAGCUGAUGCCGCUGAAGACGCUGCGAUUGUGCUCGUGACGGUGAAAACUAUCGCGAAUCUGGUCGCGAACGAGAAACUCUGUCAAGUGUUUUUGAAUGAAGGACUGGAGAAGCAUUUAAACAUGCAUUUCUCGUCUCCUGAGAGCAGUGAAGAGCUCCGACAACUAGCUGCGAUGGUUCUUUUGCGUGUUACUAGUGCGAACGACGCCGUGAUAUCACCGGAAAGAGUCAAGCUCACGAUGCUCCUUUGGAUGGAACAGAUCAUCGAUAUGAAGGACGAAGAUCUGGUGCGCAAUUGCAUGCUCACAGUACACGACCUCACGAGCAACUCAUCACUCGAUGUGGCGGAGCUCGAUGUUCCACAUAUAUUACGGAUACUGAUCCAAGUUCUUCAGCGCCACCACACGCACAACACGCACAUUGUGACACUCUGUCUGUCUGCGCUGUACAACUUGUCGUGUCAAUUGGCAGCACUUCCGAUGAUCGUGCAGUCCGAGAUCAUGCCUUUCUUGCGUCAGCAAGUGCCUUUAACAGAAACCACUUUGGCUGCGCAGAAGCGGAGAAGUGCGAGCUCAGCUCAUUCUCCGCCGCAGUCGACGACCGCUAGCUCUGCCAACAUGCAGCUGUGCUGUCUCGUACUUCACAACCUCAGUUGCUACCAUGCUGCUGUCGACGAAGGCGUUCUUGCUGCCCUUGUGUCUUGUCACGCUGUCGCUACACUGCAUGAUAUUUACUUCGGUCCUAACGAUGGUCUCAAGGAGACAACUGCGGUGGCGAUCUGUAACAUUACCGUCGGGAAAGUGAAUUCCACCCGAGUACUCGAAGACCACGCCGGUCGAGUGUUGCUUCACUUUAUACGUAGUGAACACUUCUCCCCAACUUAUUAUCGUCUCGUGACAACAGCGUUGCGGAAGCUGAGCAAUGCACCAGGAAACCAGAGCUACUUGCUCAAUGCACAUAUUGCAAGUGCGAUGGUCUCCAUAUUGGACCUGCCCGGCAUGGUCAAUGAUGCCAGCUCAAAUAUCCUCGCGGCUUUGUGUCAUUUAUCUAGUUGUAAGACCCACCUUCCCCGGCUUCUUCAAGAUGGUGUGUUACCGUGCAUCGUAAAGCUCGCUGACCGUGCGGAUGCCACAGGUGAGAUGGUUAACUACUGCUUCGAACUCAUCUCGAAUCUUUGCAGUAUUGAUUUUCAGGAAUACUUGAAGGAUUGUCCCGAGAUCAAUGUUAUUGGAACAUUGGCUAAGCUUUCGGAUCAUCAUAAACAGAGUCAUCACCGCCAACAUAUUGGGCAACAAGCACUAACGACCUCUCUUGCGUCGUAUUGCGCUAGAGGAGAAGGGAGUUCUCUGUCUUUACCAGUGUUGAUGACAAAUCUGAUGAAAAGUGCCACCUUUACGACUGGGGCCGCCAAGAAAACUCUGCAGCUCAAGGCUAAUUACACUGUCCCUGCUCGAAAGUGGAGUCCGCAAGCCCAGUCUAAACCGAAAGACCCUCCACCGCUUGUGUGUACGGAGAUUCCACCCACGGACAACGGACAAAUCGUUGCUCCGGAGGUGAAACAGCGAAUCGGAUGCUUCUCACCGCUUCCUAAGGAGCCUCUAAUCCGCGAUGAGAAGAACGAUGCGAUGGCGGCUGCACCUGUUAGUGCUCCAGACCGAACCAUGUUAACUCGACGAAAUAGCAUCCGAAGCUUCGGUGUCGGAGGUCUGCGCUCGCGAUCAAAGAAUACCUCGGUGGUCGGUGCUGGUAAAGUUCUUCAACGUGCCCACGAGUCUCGACAUCUUCCGAAAUAA